AUGAAGGCUGCCUACACCGCCUAUCGAUGCCUCACCAAAGACCUAGAAGGCUGCGCCAUGAACCCGGAGCUGACAAUGGAAAGUCUGGGCACUUUGCACGGGCCGGCCGGCGGCGGCAGCGGUGGGGGCGGCGGCGGGGGCGGCGGGGGCGGCGGCGGGGGCCCCGGCCAUGAGCAGGAGCUGCUGGCCAGCCCCAGCCCCCACCACGCGGGUCGCGGCGCCGCCGGCUCGCUGCGGGGCCCGCCGCCGCCACCAACCGCGCACCAGGAGCUGGGGACCGCAGCGGCGGCGGCGGCGGCGGCGUCGCGCUCGGCCAUGGUCACCAGCAUGGCCUCGAUCCUGGACGGCAGCGACUACCGGCCCGAGCUCUCCAUUCCGCUGCACCACGCCAUGAGCAUGUCCUGCGACUCAUCACCGCCGGGCAUGGGCAUGAGCAAUACCUACACCACGCUGACGCCGCUGCAGCCGCUGCCGCCCAUCUCCACAGUGUCGGACAAGUUCCACCACCCGCACCCGCACCACCAUCCGCACCACCACCACCACCACCACCACCAGCGCCUGUCGGGCAACGUCAGCGGCAGCUUCACCCUAAUGCGCGACGAGCGCGGGCUCCCGGCCAUGAACAACCUCUACAGUCCCUACAAGGAGAUGCCCGGCAUGGGCCAGAGCCUGUCCCCGCUGGCCGCUACGCCGCUGGGCAACGGGCUGGGAGGCCUGCACAACGCGCAGCAGAGCCUUCCCAACUAUGGGCCGCCAGGUCACGACAAAAUGCUCAGCCCCAACUUCGAGGCUCACCACACUGCCAUGCUCACCCGCGGCGAGCAACACCUGUCCCGCGGCCUGGGUACCCCGCCCGCGGCCAUGAUGUCGCACCUCAACGGCCUGCACCACCCGGGCCACGCUCAGUCCCACGGGCCAGUGCUGGCGCCCAGCCGCGAGCGGCCGCCCUCGUCCUCGUCCGGCUCGCAGGUGGCCACGUCGGGCCAGCUGGAAGAGAUCAACACCAAGGAGGUGGCCCAGCGCAUCACCGCCGAGCUGAAGCGCUACAGCAUCCCGCAGGCCAUCUUCGCGCAGAGGGUGCUGUGCCGGUCUCAGGGGACUCUCUCCGACCUGCUCCGGAACCCCAAACCGUGGAGUAAACUCAAAUCUGGCAGGGAGACCUUUCGCAGGAUGUGGAAGUGGCUGCAGGAGCCCGAGUUCCAGCGCAUGUCCGCCUUACGCCUGGCAGCGUGCAAACGCAAAGAGCAAGAACCAAACAAAGACAGGAACAAUUCUCAGAAGAAAUCCCGCUUGGUUUUCACCGACCUCCAACGCCGAACCCUCUUUGCCAUCUUCAAGGAGAACAAGCGCCCAUCCAAAGAGAUGCAGAUCACCAUUUCCCAGCAGCUGGGCCUGGAGCUCACUACCGUCAGCAACUUCUUCAUGAACGCCCGGCGCCGCAGCCUGGAGAAGUGGCAAGACGACCUGAGCACAGGGGGCUCCUCAUCCACCUCCAGCACUUGUACCAAAGCGUGAUGGAAGGACUCUUGUUGGGCACAACCCACCUCCAAGUGAGGACAACAGAUACCAAAAGAAAACACAAAGGAAAGAAACACUGGAUUCUUAGCUGGGGCCCUUCACUGGUGAUUUGAAAGCACAAUUCUCUUGAAAAGAAACUUCUAUUCUAGCUGUAAUCAUAGGCCAGGUGUUCUUUUUUGUUUUUAAUGGCUAUGGACUCCAAGUGCAAGCUGAAAAGUAAUCUCUUUGAACCAGACAAUGUCCUCUGAUCAUGCUAAGCAUCCCAGAAAUCCAAAUGGGGCCUUUCUGUAGGGAGUUAAUUCCGGUAUGGUGUCAGCCAAGCUCAGGAUUGCUUAAAAUGGCAACAGUCCCACUUUGAGUCCUGUCAACCUCUCGCCGUCAGAAUUCCCAUGAGUCAUGUGGGCAUUUGACUGAUGUAUGGACUCUGAGUUUGGGCUCCCAAGAUGGUACAAUAAGAGAAGAAUCUAGCAACAAGAAUGACCUCAUUUGCUUUCCAAGUGCUUAGCACCAUCAUACCACAGUACACCAACGUUCACAGCCAUAACAUUAAAAAAAAGAUCAAAAUGAUAAUUACUGAGCACAAAUUUUAAACAUGGAAGUUAAAAAAAAAAAAAAAAAAUCCAAGGACCUGUUUUUCCAACACAGGCAUCUUUUCAUUGAAUGGUUUAGAGAGCUUUUAGGUUGAUCCGGUUUACAAUUUUCUUUUCCUUACCUCCUGGAAAUCUCAUGUGGUCUUGGAUCCGUCAAAAAAACAAAUCAGUUCACUUGAGCUCAAAGUAUCAAGCACAAGGAAGACAAACAGAGACGCGAGAACGAUUCUGGGUUCACCGCAUCUGGAUUUUCAAGACGCCGAUUGUGAAGUCAUUAUGGAAUUGUUAGGAAUAUGGCUUCAAGCACAUUUUGCAGUUUGCUACAAAUUCUGUGUUUGUACAUAAUGCAGACACACACUCAGGAGGCCAAUUUAACUGUUACGGUACAUGGAGCAAAUGCAGCAUUUUAAAAGAUCUAGAUUUUUUUAGAUCAUUAUGUAUCCUCAGUUAUUAGUCAUCUGGUCCCUCCUAUUGUGCAUAUGACCGCCACCAUGUGACUCAUUCCCACUCUUUCAGAUUUAGGUUGUCCCCUCAUCCAUCCCCUUGGUAGGGAUGUUUUCAGUGUUUUCUAGCAAGAAAAAGAGAAAAAAAACCAAGCCACCAUACACGUUACUCAUACCUGUCAUCUAGUCCUCAGUCUCGUCCAUUGUUGAAGCAUCCCUGCAAAACCGCUCAAUAAAUCUGGAGAAAACACAGCACACCAAAGAAGCAGAAUACUGCGUACCAAAGACACUUAUUACUUGCCAUUUUCUAGCCUAAAAAUACUGUGAUUACUUUUAGAAAUCAGAAAACCUCUGCAACUCCGAACGGCAU